AUGAAGAAGCAGGUCCAGGGGUGUCCAGUUUCCAAACCUGAUGUGAUCUCCCAGCUGGAACGAGGGGAGGAGCCGUGGGUUCCAGAUCUCCAGGGCUGUGAAGAAGGAGAGAUCCCCAGAGGUGCCUGCGCAGGUGCUAGGAUGGUGAGUGAGGAGAAGAAGCAGAAUCCUCAGCAGGAAGAUUCUGAGCAAGUGGCACCACAUGGGGGAUUAUCGCACAGCUCCAGAGGGAAUGUGUCCCGGCAUCGUGCUGAGAGGGAGCAGAGAAACCAGCCAGCGGAGAAAGUGGGUAACUCCAUUAAUUGUCAGGGAACUCACCAGGACCUCCUGGAAACCACAGCCCAGCCGAGAAUACCCACAGGAGAGAGAAAAAACACAUGCACUGAGUGUGGAAAACAUUUCACUAACCACUCAGCCCUUUUAAAACAUCAGAGAAUCCACACAGGAGAGAGACCCCAUGAAUGCAGUGAGUGCGAGAAAACCUUCCCUCUGAGCUCUACCCUUAGUAACCAUCAGAGGAUCCACACAGGAGAGAAACCCUACGAAUGCUGUGAGUGCGGGAAAAGCUUCACUGUCAACUCAGACCUUAUUGGACAUCAGAAUAUCCACAAGGGAAAGAUACCUCAUCAGUGCUCUGAGUGUGGAAAAACGUUCACACAGAGUUCAGCUCUUAUUACACAUCAGAGGAUCCACACUGGAGUGAGACCCUAUGAAAUAUGGUGUCCAGUUUCCAAACCUGAUGUGAUCUCCCAGCUGGAACGAGGGGAGGAGCCGUGGGUUCCAGAUCUCCAGGGCUGUGAAGAAGGAGAGAUCCCCAGAGGUGCCUGCGCAGGUGCUAGGAUGGUGAGUGAGGAGAAGAAGCAGAAUCCUCAGCAGGAAGAUUCUGAGCAAGUGGCACCACAUGGGGGAUUAUCGCACAGCUCCAGAGGGAAUGUGUCCCGGCAUCGUGUGCAGGGCAAAGCCUGUCGCCCUUCUCUGGGGAUUUCCCUGGGCGUCGGCGUGCUGGAGGUAGCUAUCCUGAUGUAA